CCCAGCGCUUCAGAGCCAGGGGACCCCAGGCGCUGCGGGCUCGGCUCCCAUGCGGGCGCAGCUGUGAUUGCAGGCUGGGACACAACUCGAGCAGUGGCUUCUGGAUGGCGUGAUGACUGGACGGCCUCUGCCACUUUCAUCUGACUGUGUGCUGCAUCCUCCCAGCACUUCCCAGCUGGCAACUGAGACUGGAGCUGGGUCAGGAGGCUGAACCAAAGGUAACUUCCAGGUCUGCAGACAAGAGGAGAUGAUGAAGGAAGAGUGUCCACCCAGCUCUCACGUGCCCAUCAGUGACAGCAAGUCUAUCCUUAAGUCAGAGCUUUUGAGCCUGCUGAAAACCUACAACUGUUACCAUGAGGGCAGAAGCUUCCAGCUGAGGCACCGAGAGGAGGAAGGGGCUCUGAUCAUUGAGGGACUCCUCAACAUCGCCUGGGGACUCAGACGGCCCAUCCGGCUCCAAAUGCAAGAUGACCGGGAGCGAGUGCACCUCCCCUCAGCCUCAUGGACACCCGGACAGCCCAGCUGCCCACCAAAGGAGCCACCUCCCCAGGACAGCAAAGUCACUGCUGAGGAGCCAAGUGCGCAGCCUGUGCACAAGGCUGAGAGUUCCAGAGAUGGCUCAGGGCCCCAGGAGGAAGAGGAGGAAGUACCACAGUUAAUGAGGACCAAGAGUGAUGCCAGCUGUAUGAUCCAGAGGAGGCCCAAGUGCCGUGCACCUGGGGAGGCCCAGCGGAUCCGGCGACACCGAUUCUCUAUCAAUGGACACUUUUAUAAUCACAAGACCUCUGUGUUCACUCCUGCCUACGGAUCCGUGACCAACGUGAGGGUCAACAGCACCAUGACCACUCUGCAGGUGCUCACCUUGCUGCUGAACAAGUUCAGAGUGGAAGAUGGCCCUGGUGAGUUUGCGCUCUACAUCGUUCAUGAGUCUGGGGAGAGGACAAAAUUGAAAGACUGUGAGUAUCCACUGAUUUCCAGAAUUCUGCAUGGACCCUGUGAGAAGAUUGUCAAGAUCUUCCUGAUGGAAGCUGACUUGGGCGAGGAAGUCCCCCAUGAUGUUGCUCAGUACAUUAAGUUUGAAAUGCCGGUGCUGGACAGUUUUGUUGAAAAAUUAAAAGAAGAGGAGGAAAGAGAAAUAAUCAAACUGACCACAAAAUUCCAAGCCUUGCGUCUGACAAUGCUGCAACGCCUGGAGCAGCUGGUGGAGGCCAAAUAACCAGCUCGCACUGGUCUCUUCUAAUGCCCACUGCAGCAAGUGCAUGUGGAGUCCCAGCAACCAGGCCCUGAUGGGUCACACUGAUUAAUGGCUGCUGCCUAAGGAAUCAAGCGCCUGUGUUUCUAACCUGUCUGAAGUCUAAGCUUUGUGAGUCCUGCAUUCCUAGCCUUGGCUCCAUAGUGAGCACACACAGGAAGCAGACCCAGGCCUGAGGAGCCAGGAACUUGCCCACUGUGGUCUGACUGGCAGGCUACCCUGGGAAGUGAUUGGCACUAAAACUGUGUCAAUGGCUGUGUUGUAUGUCUAGAUGGCCAGACCAGUCCUGUUCAGGCCAUACCUCUCCUGCUCAAGAGACUAGUACCUGACUAGCCCCUGGGUUGUGGGCUUCAUCCACUUGCCCUGUACCUGGCUCAGACUCCCAGUAGGGCCACCAAGCACUGUCCUCAUCCCCUAUGUGAACCACAACAUCCCUGUCUACCCCCUAUCAUACUGCUUACUCAGUAACUCUGCUGGGGAAAGUGGGCACUACCAGAAGUUAUGAGAUGUACCCUGUUUGCAGCUAUCACUUCACCAUAAUAGCCCUGGCCUCUAAACCUCCUUGUACAGCCCAGCACUUCUACUGCAGAGCUUAAAUAAGGAGUAGGACCAUGAGGAACCUGUCUGCUUUCUGCAGAAAUAUUCUUCUUAGUGAAGCCCAAAGGAAUUAUUGAAAGAAGCUUGCUGAAAGAAAUCCAUCAAUUUAAUCAUGUUGAGGAUGUGGCUUCCAUGGUGUUGAAAGGACAUUGCUGGCAGUGACUUGAGAAGGUAGUAUUUGGCCCUCAUUGCCAUUAUCCUGCGGACACCUGUGUGCCUCUUGUCUUCUACAGACAUGUGACCUCCCAUCUAGUGGACAGGGGACAACACUAAACACUUCCCUGUGUGGUAAUGAGGAAGAAGGUCUGUUUGGGGAGCAAGGGCUUUAAAUUCCCUGGGGCCAAAUACUGAGAAAUUUGUUUGUUGACUGAUGGAGAAUUUCUGGAAUGAAUGAGAAAUCCCUUGCAAAACUGUAACAGUUUAUAUCAUCCAUGUGGGUGUUUGUUUAAAACAGAAAACAGAAGACCAAAUUCUUCUGCUGAGUCUGUGGAUAGCACACGUAAAAGGAAGAACCAUAAAGACUUGUAAAGAUAGGAGAGACUUCAUCACUUAGGGAUGAAGAAGCUCCUCUUGGGGUCCCAAAAAGAGCAGAACAUGGAAACAACCAAGCAGUGGAGCCGCUUGUCAGGGUGCUCUUCAUAUCAGCUUGCCCUGACCCAGUGCUGUCAUCAUAGAGCCUCAGAGAUUCCAGGGGAGGUGUGACUGCAGUUCUCUUGUCUUUUCUUUUGACUGGCAGUAUAGUUUCUUAGGUGCUCAAUAAAGGUGUGCUGUAUUAAACU